UCAUUCCAAUCAGUACCUCGAAAACUCCAAAAUACUGAUAUUGUUAUCUUGUUGGCAAUUUUAUUUAGGAAUCAGAUCAACUCAUCAAUUUCAUGCUCUUUAAUGAACAACGUCAUGGAGAUGAUCCGAGUUCAUUGAUGAGUGAUCAGGAUUUGAUGCAGUCCUCAUCAUCCGAUUGGACGGCAGCAAGCCGAUAUGAUGCAGGGUCAUCGGGAUAUGAAAGUGCAGAAGAAAAUCUGAUAAAAGAGAUGGAUCCAAAUGAAGGCCCAUACCAGGGAGGGACUAUGUCCUUUAUUUUCUUGGAGCAAUCUCUUGAGUCUCGUGCACCUGGGGCUGGAAACAGGUGUAAAGUGAUUUUCUCUUCACCAAAACACUGCCUUACUCCUCGUGAAGUAACAGCAACAGUAAAAAAUCCUUUCACAAUUAAAGUUCGUGUUCCUCAUUGCCCAAGACUUUCGGGAAGACAGCUAGCUUGUGGUAAGCUGACAGUUCAAGUCCUAGUGAAAACCAUGGAAGAUUGCUACAUUGGUGAAACUAGCUACACUUACACUGCAAACCUACUGACUCAGUUUGAGCAUUGUGUCAAGGCCCUUGAUGAUGAAGAUAUGGAGCUGGGCUUCUCACGCACUGCAGAUGAACAAGUUGCACUGACCUACAAUAAUUCAUACAUGGAUGUUGGUGGCUGUCAUUUGUUUAAUUUUGCCACUCUGCAAGUGCUGACGUUUGUGGCAGUCAAGGAGAGAGCUUACAACUUACUUUUAGCAUUUCUUCAGAGCCCAGUUGUGUCGCCAGUAUUUCAGCACUGUAAACACGAGCUAGUGCUAUUCAUAGAGUUUAUCCAAACACGUGGUGAAACGACACCAGCUCUUCAAAUGUGCAAGGAGCUUUUACUGCAAAGUGUAGCCAGCCCUGCACCCAUGGAGCACUGCAAGUCGUCUCUAGCAGCAUCACAAGAUGGAAACACAGGAGAACCUACGAGAACAUCGGAAAAUGGGUACGAUGGCGGUUCAGAAUUAGAGACUAUCCAUGACCUGAAAAUGUCACUAAAUGAUUCGAACGAGUUGAAACAGAAUGAGGGAAAGAUGGAGAAAGACUGCACAUCAAAUGGCAGGGUGUGUGAAAAGGACGAGAAAGAGCUUGAAGUUAAGUGCAAAAAAGAGAUAGAAGAAAAAGAUACCUCAGUUCAGUUCAUUGAUAUUCUCACUCCAGAAAAUAAGAUAAGCAAGGAAGGCAAGGACGAGAGGAGCCAAGUCAACGACAAGCCAUGCAAACCGAAGAUUGUUGUUCUCCGUAAGCCAUGUUCUCCAGUCCCAAUCAGCAGAAGUCGAUCUAGUUUUCCAGAUCCAAGAACAGACGUCUUUGUUGAGCUGCAGGUUCGUAAAAACCAACGAGCCUUAGGAGAUAGCGACUGCCAAGACGAACCCAUUGGUGACAUGACGGUUAGCAAACAACUGACAGUAAAGCGCGUGCCAGUCGCAAAGCAUCAGGUGGCCGUGGACGUGAAGCACAUCGGGACUGAGCAGAGUGCGAGAGACUGGGAAUCAAAGUACGUCAAGCGUGUCAGCGGUAAGCUUGGGUACUGGUUCAGAUUCUACGAACCAAACUGUGAGUUAUUGCUCAUGUUUACCCUCUAUGACAAGCCUCACACAGCCAAGUGCGAAGCGAAGUUGAAGACGGCAGUCCUGGAUUACGUUACAGUUGUUGUGGAGACCAUCAAUCGGAAGGGACCGUUUUCAAGAGAGGGAAAAACGGAAAAAGAGCAUGAACUUGCGCUUACUCGUCAAGUACCCUUGGUGUCCCUAUCGCGCUCUCAAACGCGUGUGUGUGUGAUCAUGAACGAGCUGCAUAAAUUAUGCGAUAAUGGCGAAUGGGCAAAGUUUGAAGCUGCGUGCAAAGAGCAUCGCCAUUCCCGCGAUGUUGAUGUUCAAGUUGCAAUUUUACUUGAGAAAGCUAUCGCAUUUCUUUACAAACAUGACCUGGAGAAAGCAGAGCUUACAGCAAUAAAAGCGCUCAGCAUUGUCUCUAAGGCCGACAACCACCAACUCCUGGUCGGACGAGCGUACUACUACCUCGCUCAUAUCUACCGCCGGGAGAAGAAGCUGGGAGAAGCAGUGCGCUGUAUUGACCUGUCUAAGCAGAAUCUUCACUUGAUGGAUGUGUGCCUUGACCAGAGCUUCAUGGCGUACGAGGAAGGCAACGUCAUGAAGGAGUUCAUCUCCAGUGGGACAGUCUUGAGGAGGAAGCUGCUUCUCCAAGCAAAGCAGUGUUUCGAGCGGUGUCUUGAUGUCUGCAGGCGGCUGCCUGAUAGCGACAGUCAAGUGAUUCCUCACACGCACAGUUUUGCGCUGACGAAGAUCGCCAUGCUGCUUCUAGACUGCGGGAGCACCUCAGGACGAGAGAGGUGCGUGAGUGGCACCCACGUCGCAGAGGCCAAGAGAUUCCUCGAUCUGUUACAGAAGCAAGGCCUGGAUGAAAUCACCCAGAGGAGAAAACUCCAGUUCAUGUUGGCGUGCUCUGAUCUUCAAUACCGACAAUCCAACUACCAAGCUGCAGCUCAGCAGGCCCAUCAGGCUUUGGAGAAGGCCAAGAAGUUGGGAUUCUCGCUUGAGGUAAUGCCUGCCAACGAUCGCAUCAAGCACAUCCGCCAACUGCUCGCAAGCGAAAUAUGUACAGUGUAUGCUCGUCCCGAACUCUAAGUUGGGAUAAAUGAUACCCUGCUGUCACCUUCACGAAUAUUAAUUCUUCAUUGAUCAGCAUUAGUUCAAGCUUUUAAAUUUUUCAAAGAAACACGACAAAUGACGAAAGUGGGGGGAAGGGUGGAAGACAAAUACCAGUGAGUGCAAAAUUCCGUCUUCAGAAAUUGGCUACGCCUGCUGUUUCCGUAACUGAUCAUUAGUUGCUAAGCAACA